GAGCGCGGAAUAAGAGAAUACAGAGGUAGUCAAGAAAGGGUCCAUAACCCGACGGUAACUUGGCAGGCUGGGUUACAGAGGUCGGCAGCAGGGUCUAGACAAGCUUCCUUGGCGUUAGAGAACAGGAGGACACAGAAAGCUAAAGUGGGAGUCAGAUAGAGGAAGGAGCUGUAUCCGGAGGUGUGACAGGAAAACACCAACCAGGAGAAAAAGAAAGGAAAAGAGACCGUAGGAAAAGCGGAGGAGGCCUAGGGUUGACACAAGGCGCGCUGCACACAACAGACCCUCGGCGGGGCACUUUGAGUGACAUGCGGGUACCAGGGGAGGAGGGGUUUGUGUGAUUCAGCAGAGGGGCCAGUGCUGUGAGGGAGGUGCAGGCUGGUGUCUUGGAGCUGAAUGUGGCUUUGAUCUUCAGGCAAUCAAACUGUCUUUUGCACCGUUUGUUAUUUUACUGGCAGUCUAUGUGACAGACAAAAAUGGCUUCCGGCUGCAGUGAGCUGGAAUCUGCUAUUGAAGUUUUGGUGAGGAAUUUUUAUGUAUAUGCAGAGAAGAAAGGGAAACAAGACAAGAUGAAUAAGAAGGAAUUUCGCAAGAUGGUAACGCAAGAACUUCAGCAUGUUUUGACGAACACUCAGAACAAAGAAGCAGCCAACAAACUCAUACAGUCGCUGGAUGCUGAUGAGGAUGGAAAGAUCAGCUUUGAUGAAUACUGGACACUGAUAGGAGAGAUCGCAAGGAAGCUUAGUCAGCAGAUGGCUAUGCAAUGUCAAGAGCGUCCAUAGAGACUGGGUGGACAGGGGGACUGUACUUCACGUAACAUUUCAACCUUUCUAAGUUUCCAAAGAGAUAUUUAUUUCCCAGAAUCCAAUUCACAUGGUCUGAUUUUAGGGCAUCUGUAAUAGUAACAAAACAAUUCAGGCGAUUCCCCUCAAUUGUUGAUCUCUUAUGUUGAACUGAGCCAAAGUGAUCAAAUAUUAUGUUGUAUUCUAAAUAGUAACCAUUUUAGACCCGCAGUAUUCUAUAGAGCUGCUGUAUAUAUGUAUUUUGUGCAAUCAGAGUGGAGAAGACAUUUUGUUUUGUUAUAUAUGAAGAGAACAAAACAGCUGUUUUUUGAUAAUGGAGGUAUAGGGAUAACUCAAACAUAAAAUGACUCUGCGUAAAGCUAGAAGUGGUCCAAGAAAUUAGUAACAGUCAACAGGAGCCUUAAUGUCUGAUUUUCAGUGGGUGCUUCUGUGUUGUGGAUGAUAUCUCAAAUGGUCAUCGACAGCAAAAUUCUCACUGGAUGUGGGAUAAAAGAUAAUGGGGAGAACUACGUGGUAGUGUUUUAGGUGCGAUCAAAUGUUAGCAAUGGACACUAGAAACAGAAAGAGAACUCGGACACUGGCAGACACUCUUCUAGUGCCCAUAACAGGACAGGUUUUAUGACAGACCAGAUUUUUUUUUAUAUAAAUGCUACUUUAGAAAACGGUUUAUGUCAAAAUGUAUUAUCAAGAUUUAAAUGUGUGAUGUUUCAACAUCUCCCAAAAGUAGGUUCAAGGAUGGCUGCAGUCAUCAUGGUUUUUAGUUGCUGUGGCACUAUCGGUAGCAGCUUGCGCCCAUACAUUUCAGGUAUCUUACCACUGGAACAGGUUUACAGUCAAGGAUAUGGUUGUAGGAUUGCUUAUUGUUGUUAUAGCUGUGGCCACUACAGAAUAGGAGCACUGCUGUCUCUCUUGUCUGAUUGGGGCUGUGACACUUAUGUUUUACAUUGUUAUUUCACUAUGUUAGUUUAGUAGACACAAUAAUAAAAGAAUAUUGUAUAAUAACUCAAUGGCAAAGAACUUAGUUAAAGGCAAACUUCAAGUAGUCACCCAAGUAAGGAAAUAAAAGACAUGAAAUGGCUUAGGUUUUGUAACCCCUUAAAGGGACAGAAUAGAAGUAUUUUUGCCAUUUAUUUCUAUGAGCAAACAUACACCUUGUAAAAGUUACUAUUGUUUCAGCAGCAUAUGUACAUAUCCAAGUGUGCUUCUUUCAGCUGUUCAGAGUUGGCUUGUAUGAUGCAAACUAAAUCAUCACUGACCACAUACGCUCCGCGGUCACAAUGUUUAACUGAUAGAACACAAGGUAUGUGUGCGUAUACUGCUGAAACAGAAGUCAUUUUAACUAGAAGCGUUUUUUUUAAAUACAAGUAUAUUGCAAAAAUGCUUCUAUUUAUAACUGAAGUUCAGUGAUGCCCAUUUAAGUUUUUAUGUCCUUUAAUGGCAUUUCAGAAAUGAUUCGCUCUUACAGUAUACAGCUUCCAAUUCAUGAUCCCAAUCAGAUUAUAGGUAUCAUCUACACUGAGAAGCAUUGGUGUUACAUCUUUGAUUCAAAUGUUGGUACAGAGUUUAUAAGGUCUUCGAUAUCACACAUUUUUGCGUUUGAGUGAGAAUUUAAACUUUGACUUUAACAUUUUGUUGAACACUAAAUUAACAAAAUCAGGCAUUAUAUACAUACUAGGUCUUAAAAGGACAGUUUACUGUAAAAUUUGUUUCCCCUUAAAUGUGUUUACAAUGACUUGUUAUAAUAACUGCAGAAGUUAAAAUGCUCCUUUAGGUAUAUUUCUUUCCAAUGACAUGGAGAGUCCACAAAUCCAUUCUAAUUACUAGUGGGAAUUCAACUCUUGACCACCAGGAGGAGGCAAAGAACACCCCAGCAGAGCUGCCAAGCACCAAUUCUUCUUCCCAUAAGCCACCAGUCAUUCUUAGCCUUAUACAUCGGGAGGAUGUGCUAAGAUGGUGUCUGAAGAUAUAUAAUCAUUUAAUGGGUACUUUUACCUGCAAGCAAGGAUUUAAACUAUGCUGUGCCCAUGUAUUUAUCUUUAGUAAGAGUAAUGUGGCUUUUAGCAGUUAGAAGAAGACGAGGUGGUCCUUGCUUAACUUCUAACAUCAAUGCUACCCCUUUAUAGAAAACCAGGGUUGGUGUUAGGGUGCCAGGAAUCAGACUGAGACGAGAAGUGCAAAAAUAAUCACACCUUUAUUAAUAGCAAAAUAUAAUAAAAAGUCCACAAGUCAAAUAACAAGCCAGGAAUCAAAACCAGAGCUGAUAGUCAGACGAGCCGAGUCAGGAGCCAAAGCGAAUAGUCAGACGAGCCGGAAUCAGGAACAAGGAAAACAGCAGAGUCAGGAACAAGCCAGGGAUCAGGAACCAGGAAGGACGUCAGGCAGCCAGGUAAUACGCAGGAACUCUCACAAACAGGUCUGAGACAACGCAAAGGCAAAGCAUACUGAACAGAGGCCCUUUAAAUAAUAAGUGAUGACAUCACAAUUCUGAGACUGCAUCCUGUCUCACAUGGAUGAUGCACAACAGUCUGGCCAUAAAAGGAAGUGCAGGAAUUGAGCAGCAUCCCCCACAAUGCACCAUAGUCAGGAAGAGAGGCGAGUAAAAUGGCUGCCAGCAGCACAUGGCAAACACAACAGGGAAAAAACCCUGACAGUUGGUUACUCAGUUUUUCUAUAGGCCCCUGUCAGUAGUUGGUGAUGUCACACCUAAGAAGCUGUUCCCUGCCCUGCAGCUGGAUCCACAGGUAAGUGCUUUCCCUUCUAGGUUAGCACUCUAGGGGUUAAAUCCUCUGGAAUUUUCAUGGGACAUAAAUUAUCUCUCUAUGUGGAGAUAUAUUAAUGAACAGUGGCAUAUAAAUGGGCGCUGCAUCUGCUAUAAGGGGUGUAAUAACUUGAAUUCAGGUUACAAUUUAUAAGUCUGGCAAUGAAAGGGUUAAUAGGACAACAGGGGCAUAUAAAUAUCUGUUAGACUAUUUAUUUAUUGUCAUUAUAAGGGUGAUUCGUACUUUAAGGGUAUGUACUUUCCCUUCAGUUUUUAACGACUGACUAAGUUCAGUUAUAUUGCGCCUUUUUUAACUGUGGCGCAGUUACUUUAAACUGUUACGGUUCUGUGACCGUCCUCCACGCUUCGGCUCCACGACUUUCUCUGUUAGCCGAGUGAAGAACGGAGUGUUUUGCGGGCUGUAUUAGUUGAUAGCUGAUUCGGGUCAGUGAAUCAGAGCUUAGUGAUUGAGUCUUCGAUGCCUCAGCUAGUGGGACAUUCUCUGCUGGUCACCGGAGCGGUAAGUUUUCAGCAAAGCUGAGGGAUAGAGGUGCCAGUAUAUUUUGUAGUAACCUUCUGGGGGAUGUCUUUUUCCUAGCGAUAUUUGCAUUAGUAUAGGCCAAAUAUUGUGUUUGUUUUUUUGUGUAAGAGAAUGUUAAAAUAGUUGGAUCUUAGUUAUUUUUGUUGGGACCAAUUUCCUAACGUUAUGGACCCUGAUGCAAAUUUAAGUGUGUAAUUUAACAAGUGUUUAUAUUGCUUGGAGGCUCAAAUUAUUCCUCCUGUGCAGUUUUGCUCCACAUGGUGCAAUCUACUGCCCUGUUUGUUGUUUUCGCUGGUAAGCGUAAGGGUCAGAAAACCACUUCUUCUACUCUUUCUCUCUGGUUGAGAAGUGUUAUUCGGUUAGCUUAUGAGACAGUUGGACAACAGCCUCCUGAGAGAAUUACCGCUCAUUCCACUAGGGCUGUCUCUUCUUCCUGGGCCUUCAAAAAUUAAGCUUCUGUGGAGCAAAUCUGCAAGACGGCCACAUCGUUGCAUACCUUUUCCAAAUUCUAAAAAUGUGAUACUUUUGCCUCGACUGAGGCUUCUUUUGGGAGGAAAGUUCUUCAAGCGGUGGUGCCUUUUGUUUAGGUCCGCCUGUCUUAUUCUCCCUCCCUGUUCAUUCCGUGUCCUCUAGCUUGGGUAUUGGUUCCCACUAGCAAUUAGAAUAGAUUUGUGAACUCUCCAUGACAUUGGAAUGAAAACAAAAUUGAUACUUCCCUGAUAAAUUCUUUUCUUUCCUUGCAUGGAGAGUCCACAACCCGCCCUUAAUUUGUUUUAAGACGGCUUUUUUGUAUAAACAUCAGGCACCUUUUGUAUCUUCUUCUCUUUUCAUAUUCCUUUGGCUGAAUGACUGCAGGAUUAUGGGAAGUUGGAGUGGUGCUUGGCAACUCUGCUGGGGUGUUCUUUGUCUACUCCUGGUGGCCAGGAGUUGAAUUCCAACUAGUAAUUAGAAUGGAUUUGUGGACUCUCCAUGCCAGGAAUGAAAAUAAUUUAUCAGGUAAGCAUACAUUUUGAUUUUUCUAUAUGAAAUAGCUGUCACUGAUAAUGGAAACCACAUCCCAAUCAAAUGGGCUUAAGUUCAUAUGAACUUAAAUUUUCAGGAUAGGUGGAGCUAGAACAGGCCAAAGCUGCUAUUUCAUAUGACAAAAUAAAGGUGAAUUAGCUAUUUGAAAACAUUUUAACACAUUCCAGCAGUUAAAACAGAUCACUAGGAACACAUGAAUCACAGUACACUGUCCCUUUCAAACUGUGUGUGUUUCAGGAGGUUUAGGACAGGUUUUUACCUUUUUCUAGUUCAUUUUCAGAGCAGACAGGCAAACACUUUUGUUACAUUUUAUUGUAAACAGUGGAAGAAAAGAAUAUAAACCACCACUUUUUUUCCAACGCUAUACGCAACACACAUUCUCCAGACAACAGUGGAACUGUUCCACAACUCUUUUCUCAAUUUAAAUCUGAAGGGGUAGCCGGCUAGAUCCUAAGAUUAAAACGCAAUUGUAAAAGAAAUGCAAAUGGUCUGAACAAAUUAUACACAAUGUUAAGCAAUUUCAUAUUAUUUGUUAAGAGAUAUUAAUUUCUUUAAUAUAUGCACCAAAAUAUUAAAGUAAUGUAAAAUUUGUGUUUAGCAAAAUGUGUAUUGUUUUUACAGUCCAUGAACAUACUCCCUGAAAACCUUUUUUCUCUUUUUGCUUAGAACACUUAUGGACAAAUAGAAAUCGGUUACAGAGCUGAUCAAGCAAUCACUGUGUAGUGUGUAAGAUAAUUAGGGCACUGAAUUUCUUGAAAAACACUUCAGUGUCUUUAAUGUACCUUUAUAUAAUCUUGAUGGCAAUGUUCGGAUAAUGACAUAAAGGAAAUUUGCGCUAAGGAUCCAGAUAAUGCUAAUGGAAAAGAGACUUAAACAACCUCCUAUCAAAGACAAAGCAACUGGCGUUAUUGAAUCAUCCAUUUGCCAUGAUCCUUUCUAGAAAAAGAACAAUAAAGUAUUUAAACAUGUAUGACCUUUAAAGGGAUAGUAAAGUGUAAAUUAAACUUUCAUGAUUCAGAUAGGGAAUGUCAUUUUAAACAACUUUCUAAUGUACUUUUAUCACUAAAUUUGCUUUGUUCUCUUGUUAUUCUUAGUUGAAAGCUAAACCUAGGUAGGGCCAUAUGCUAAUUUCUAAGCCCUUGAAGGCCGUCUCUACUCUGAAUGCAUUUGAUAGUUUUUCACAGCUAGAAGGCGUUAAUGUGUUUCAUAUAAAUAACAUUGUGCUCACGCACGUGAAGUUAUUUGAGUCAGCACUUAUUGCCUGAAAUGCAAGUCUGUCAAACGAUCUGAGAUAAGGAGGCAGUCAGCAGAAGCUUAGAUACAAGGUAAUUACAGAGGUAAAACGUAUAUUUCUAUAACAGUGUUAGUUAUGCAAAACUGGGGAAUGGUAAAUCAAGGGAUUAUCUAUCUUUUUAAACAAUAACAUUUUUGGUGUUUACUAUCCCUUUAAGAUUUAUCCAGGCUGUAUGUUUAAAGUAUUGAAUAUAGAAGGUUCCUGACUGAGAAUUUCUUUCCUGACCGUUUCUUAUUUUGAAAAUCCAAUGUCCAUACAUAUGCAUAAAACUUUUACUUCCAAUA